AUUUGCCCUAGUAAAUAUAUAUCUUAUUUUAUCUCAAGACAUUUAGCUAUCCUGGAUAGCAUCUAUUUCCGUCGGAUUCAAGCGCAUUAUCGACGUACAUUAAACCCCUCUCUUUGCCUUUUCAAUCAGGCCAAUAUCGAAUUCGCUGUCACCAUGGAUCCCAACUCAGCAUAUUCCAGGGGGGGCAGGGAUUCCAAAGAGACCAGCAUCUCGCCGCCGCCCCCUCAACGAACUGGGUCCGCCUCGAGCCUUCACAAGUUGGGGCAUGUCACGAGCCAUAGUCAUCGCUCGAGUCUCGCCGAGAACCUGAGGGGAGUUGUGCCUCCGUCCCCGAGGAAUCAACGCCAUCCAUCCUUUACCCAGGCUGCCAUUCAGGAACUGCUGAACCAUCCUCCCGCCCCGAGACACAAUCCCCGGUUUGCCGGAAGGGAUUGGCGAGACGUCGCUAUUGGGGAGCUCGUAUCCAAAGAUGACGUUACCUGGGUGGAGUUGGGUACCAGUGUUCAGGAUGCCACAAUGGCGCUCCUCAAGAACACCUCGAGCAAUGUCGUGAUCAUCCGAGAGAACGCCGCUAGCUCUGUCCCCGCCUCUACCUUCGACUAUAACGAUCUCAAUGCAUACUUACUUGUUGUGGUCGGCUUAGCGCAUCCUAGCGAAGACUUGGUCGAGUUAUAUGAUAGUCUGGCAAAGAAGGCCCAGGCCCGGAUUAAUAUACCACUUGGUGACAUCCAACCGAUAUUCAGAAAGGAGUCGCUGGUCACCCUUCAAGGGGAUGAAGAUCUGACCAAAGCCAUUGAGGUCUUCGGCAGUGGUGUACACCGCGUGCUUGUUGCGAAUCACAACGGUGAGGUCGUUGGCAUUCUGAGCCAGUUGAAACUCCUCGAGUUCUUCUGGAACGAGGGCAUAAACUUCCGCGUCAUCGAUGAGCUCUACCCGAGGGUCUUACGUGAUCUUGGCGUAGGUUCUCAGCAGAUAAUAGCUAUCAACGCAGACAGCCCUUUGACAGAGGCCCUCAAUCUUAUGAGCCAAGAAGGCUUGUCGAGCGUAGCUGUCGUCGACAAUGGCCUGAAUGUCGUCGGAAAUAUCUCCACAGCUGAUGUUAAGCUCCUCAUCAACGCCACGAGUCUCCCGCUAUUACACAAUUCCUGCAUGCACUUCGUCUCGGUAAUCUUGACGGAGAAGGGAGUUGAGAAAGGGAAGGAUUCAUUCCCCGUCUUCUAUGUGAACCCUUAUUCGACACUCGCCCACACCGUGGCCAAAUUAGUAGCAACUCACUCGCACAGGAUGUGGGUAGUGGAAUCGGCCUCUCCACCCUCUUCGGCGCCCGGGACUCCCUCACUCGGCCCCACAGUUGUCCUUCCAGCUCCUCCAUCUUCAUCCCAGACGUCCCUUAGCGGAAGUCAUUUUCCUUCGGUCCCGGCUUCCUCCCUGCCUGGAACUCAUCUAUCUGGGCGCCUAAUUGGCGUGAUUACGUUGACAGAUAUCCUCAACCUGUUUGCGAGAUCGACCGGGCUCAACCCAGCAGACCCAAACGAGCAACGCGCGAGACGACGACGAAGUUCUAGCAGCUCGGUCCGGCCGUCCAUUGAGUCGACCCGCGCGAGCCUCGACAUUCGACGCUGAAGUUAUAGGAUGAUUAUAUAACCGCACACUACGAAUUUGUUUACAUAAAAGCCAUCCUGCGCUCUCGGGCUUGUCUCAACCGUUUGAGCGGCAUGCC